CUAACUGCGUUUAGAGUAACCUGAAAUUCAUCGGUGCUAUUUUAAUCUCGUUUACGUCACCGGUGUUUCAGCUACAGACGAGCCAGCAACACUGAAAUGCGUUUAGUUAUUGCGUCGCGCCGUACAUACUUUAUGCGUAUUUUGAUUUCGAGCAAUGGAGUAACAAAACGUUUUGACACAUUAUAAAACCAAAAAAAUUAUAUAUGUCGUUGUCUGUCAGUCAUUCCAAACUAAUUUGAGCUAAACUUGCUUUUAUUCUUUUUCAAUUCUACAGCCUUUUUAUUUCUAAUAACAACAUAAUAUAAUAAUCUGACGACGCCGCAUAUUUUCGCUGAAGGUUAUGUCGAAACGAAAGAGAGACCCGACCUUUGUUUUUUCCGAGAAGAUGGUGUUAGUAGAUCUGGUGGAAAGUCAUUAUUCCAUAGUGGAAUCGAAGAAGACAGACGCCUACAGCGUCCGUGAAAAAGCCGCAGAAUGGGCGAAAAUAGCGGAAGCAUUCAACUCCAGCUCUGCUGUGUACCACAGGGAGUGGACAGUCCUGAAGAACUGCUGGGAAAAUUUAAAGAAAAAAGCAAAAAAUGUAAUGACUCUAGUAAACCAGAACCACAUCAAAACAGGUGGCGGUCCACAUGUAAAGAUUGAAGAUGAUCCCAUAAUAGAUCGCGUGGUAGGCAUAAUCAAACCACAAGUACAAGGCUUUGUAAAUAUUUUUGAUUCUGAUGGAUCUGAAGUACUUGCGUCACAUCCAAGCCAGUCACAGGAAUCACAUGUGGCUAUGGCUUCACCAAGCUCAUCGUUAGAAGAAGAUAAUUUAGCUGCUUCUUCUUCGUUAGCCACACGUUAUCCGUUGCAGGAUGUAAGCCUCCUCCAUACAGGUUCAACAAAUCAGAAAAUCAAUUGGACUCAUUAUACUACUAAAAUGAUUCGAAACAAAAAGAAUCCUGCUCUCAGGCUCAGUUUAGAACAAAAUUCAAACCAUGAUAAUGAUGAGCUGUCACUUACAGUACCAUUAACUCCUAACCCAUUGGCGUCACCCCCACCAGUUAUCGUAACUCCAGCAAGGCCUAGUACCAGUACACAGGCUACAAGCCGCAGGCGACCAGUUUUGAAACUUUCGCAAACUGAGUCGCUUGCUAAGCAGCGCAUCCAAACGCUGCUAAACGCUAAUGAGCAAGCUAAAGAGCAGCAUGAGGCAACCAUGAGAAUUUUAAAAAUUCAAGAAGAGCAAGAGAUGUAUAAGUUGGAGCAGGAAAAGCUGCGCGUAGAAUUGCUCAAGGCAGAGUUGGCAAACAAAUUAAAAAACAUGGAUUGAUGUGUGUUGAUAUUGCCUUGAUCCAAUAAAAUAUCCCAAGAGGCUGGUAGUGUAAGAUCAGGAUCGUCAGGAGGAGUGGCUUCCCCAUUACGUCUUGCAAUAUUGUGUAGCACAGCUGUGGCUAUUAUUAUAGGAAAAGAUUUUUUUAAUGAAACACCUAAUCCUAUAGCCAUUGAUGGGAAACGUCUUUUCCACACUCCAAACAAUCUUUCAAUUGAAUUUCUUGUCCGAAUCUGAGACUCAUUGUACAAGUUUUCUGCUACUGUGUUGCAUUGGUCUAACGGAGUCAUCAUGUAACUCUUACAUGCAUAUCCAGAAUCCCCUACAAGCACAGCAUUACCAUAGAUUCCUUGUUCAAACUUGGCUCUUUGGCAACAGUUAUUAAAAAUAUGGGAAUCAUGUGUACUGCCUGGCCAUCUGGCAACCAGAUCUGUGAAUUCCAAAUUAGUAUUACAAAUGCCUUGCACGUUCAGUGAAAAUUACCCUUUUCUGUUACGGAAAAGUUCUGGAUUUUCUCCUCCUAAAAUGAAUUAGCAGACGUUAUUUAAAACAUAAUGGUAACAUGUAAAAUAAGUAUCUAAUGACAAUCUGAAAGUAAAUACCUACCAGGCGAAUUCAUGAAUUUG